UAGUGCAGGGAGCUAGAAAGUGGUUGCCCUGCAGUUUUUAUACAUUUUGUGUGACUGUGGUAGUUGACCUUGACACAUGAAUAUUUUAGUCCAUUCUGGACUCUCUGAUGUCCCCCACAGGAGUUGCAGUGUUGGGCUGAAUAGAUUCAUUUCAAUCAUGUAGCUACCAGUAGAGCUCAGUUUGAGCAGGACUGUCUUUAUUGCGAAAAAGGGUUAUAAAUGCUUUUCUGUAAUGUAAUUUGGCACCAUGUGGGGGUUGUUUUACCUUAUGGGGACAGAAGCUAAGUAUUCACAUUUGAAUUAAUCCCUACAUUAAUGCACUCAGGGCAGCGUUUGUGGUGUUUGUUAGGAGCAGUGGGCCCGGGACAGGACAGGCUCUCGGUCGGUCGGAGGCACCAGGCUAAAGGCUAAAGGAGCUCAGAGGCUGUAAUCCCCGGAUGAAAACCAUCAUGGCUGCCAGUCGCUGAGCUGUCAAGCUCUCCACAAAAGAAAAGGGAAUCAAGUUCAUAACUACUACGAGAGCAGAAACUUGACAACCCAUGGAUUCGGUGGAUAUUUGUGCAGCUACCUCCGCAGGAGAUAAUAAACGGCGUGUCAACAAGAAGAAUAGAGUUUGGCGCAAACGGCUCCACCUCAGGAAGACUGCCGUUCAGCCCCCAACUAUGCAAAGUGAAGAUAAGCAUGGACCAAAGAAGAUAGCAGAGGAGAGGGAGCAAAGCACAGUGUGCCCUUCAUCAAAGAAGCCCCCCCAGGAAGCACAACAGAGUCAACACAGGACAACUGAUAGCAGGCAUACACUCAGGUUCACAUGCUCUCAAUGCAAGGACAACUUGGAAUAUGUUCCCAAAGACUUAGUGAGACACUUCGAGGAAAACCACAGAGGGAGCCUGCCAGUUUUUUCUUGUCAUAUGUGUGCUUUUAAUACACACGAGUUCUCCCACCUUCAGGUUCAUCUAUUAAGCCACAAGGACACUUUUUCCAGUUGCAGCAUUUGUAAUGACAAUAUUCAACGCACAUGGUCUGAAUUCAGUGCACAUCUGACUAUGUAUCACUGCCAAAAUGGCAAAUAUUCAUGUGAAAUGUGUCAGAAAUUCUCCACAGGGGAUGUUAGACUAUUUUUAGAGCACAUGUAUGCACAACAUUUUGGCCUGGAAGGUGCUAAUGAGAUCGAUCUGUCGCUACACACAAAAGACAAUAAUCAGUUUGGGUCUAAAACAACCGCUCACACUUUACGUUGUCAGCACUGUGGCUACGAGGCAUCUCAGAAAUGGUUGUUGGCUAAGCAUGUUAAUGCUCACCAUGUUAGCCAGAAUGGUAACAAGAAGAAGAAGAAGGAGGAGGUUCGUUCCAUAGCAAUGAAGCCAAAUGACCCACUCCCAAAAAUUAAGCCUAGAUUAACAAGAAGUGCAGUUAGGGAAAUGUGCUGGCUGACACAGGACUGCCUUUCUCUGCCAGGGAGAGAAUUCCUGGAUAAAUACUGCCAUCUGUCAGAUCCACAAACAACACUAGAGCAGACUCAACAGUUUUUGAUGAAAUCUGUAGCUGGGGAGACCGGUGACCAGAAAUGGACCAAGGCUCUCAAAACCGUUCUGUCAAAUGUCCCUCAAGAAGUGAACCUUCACCCGAAGUCAGAGAAUGGCAUCAUGUCGAACUCGGCCGAUCUUACCGUCCUAACGGUCAAGAACAAGAUAACUGUGGCCCAGAACGGUGCCACUUAUGCCAAAAGGCUGAAAAUGAUGGCGUCAUCAGAAAAGGAAACUCAUUCCUCUGAGAGUGCUGCUGAUGAUGUUCGUUGUGUAGUUGACCAAAAUGGAUGUCAGUCAAUUUUGAAUGAUCAUACACUGACUGAAGCAAAACUAAAUAAUGAUGCCUCAAUGUCCACCCCGAACGAGCUAUCUGAAUGCACUCGGAUGCAAGAAAACAGAGAGAAUCAGGAAUUAAAGACCAAUCGAGAUAACGAGGAACACGCGGAGCCUAAAAAUGCACAUGCCCAUGAGGAUGGAAUUGAUAUCUCCAGUGAACUGAAGGUUACAAAUGAGAGCAAAGAGCAGACAUCCAUUCGUAAAGCUCAACCAAAAAACAGGAGAAGGAACCGAAGACGGAAAAGAAAGCACAGAUCUAAAAAGCAAGAUAAAGGAGCCUCAGGAGUGGCCUUAAAGUUAGUGUUGAAGAAGAAUCCUGUGAAAGAGAUGCAUUGGGUGUCACAAAGCUCUUUGUCUCCAUCAGGAGACGGCCCAAUUGAUGACCACCAUGGACUGCCAGAUCCUCAUACAUCAAUGGAGGAGACAGCACAGGUUCAUCAAAACGCGCUGUCAACAGAAGUACAGCAGAAGAAAUGGACCAAAGCUUCCACGACUGACCAGCACGACCCCUGUGAAGCCAUCACAUCCGCCGCACAAUCAAAGCCAGGGGAAGAUCUUACUCCACCUUGUGCAGCACAACCUACAGGGUCUAAAAAUACAGUCGGAAACGAACCUGUCGAGCUCGAAGGCUUGCCGUCGACAAAUCAAGAAAAGCAGGAUGACGAAGAGAAGUCACAGCAGUGCUUGGAAACAGAAGUUGACAAGAGCAGUUCAUCUGGAAAGACAUGCCAGUCAAAUAUGAUGGCUGCGACAGCCGAGACGUGCCCCGAGAACUCACAGCUCAGACCCUCUGAUGGUAGCCCGAACUGCCAUGUGUCAGCCGCUGAUGGAGUGACUCCUCAGAGCAGCUACACCAAGUCUUCCCCUGUUUCCCAACCUGUCAUUACACCACUGGGUAACUUGGAAGAUUUAAACCUUGCUCUUUCCUUAGAGGAGAGUGACCAGAGUGUUGAAGGGAUAAGAGUGCCUGCAGCCUCCCGCCCAGAUCUCCUCAACAAUACCGACUUGCCCGAAGGGAAAGCAAUCCCACAAGAAACCUCACCAGCCUCGGUGCACCGCUGGCAGCCGUUCCCAAAAAACCUGGAGAGGACCCUUAAGCUAGUAGCCAUAAGUCCCUUUCAGCUGAUUAAGCGUCCAGCGAGAGACCAGCCUGUCGUGGUGCUGAAUCACCCAGAUGCAGACAUCCCCGAAGUCGCCCGGAUCAUGGAGGUUGUCAGCAGGUACAGAGGAGAGGUGCAGAAGGUCGUACUGUCACGCAGGACUCUGAAUGCUCUCGCAGCCAUAAGCGGCGAGGUCCUUGAGAAAAACGACCCAACAGAUGCCGGGCAUGGUAAAAACCCCGUACAGGAGAGGUUCAUCUUAAAAUUGAAACUUCGUAGGCUGAGCAGGAAAAAGUACGAAGUAGUCGGUGCUGUCUCUCCCAGCAGGGACACUGCGACCAAAUUCCGCUGCUGGUUUUGCGGCAGGGUGUUCGCCAGCCAGGAAAUGUGGAUGGUUCAUCGGCAGCGACAUCUGAUGGAGUGGAAAAAGCCAAACUGUGAAAAUGAUUAAAUGUCGCACACACUGGAUAACAAAAAGUAGUCUGGAAAAUGACUUUGCAAUACAACAAAACAAUAAUGGAAACAGUGACAGUCAGUCUCCUCAGUGUUUUUUUUUUAAGUCUUAAUUAUAAAUGGUUGUUUUUGAGGAGAAAAAAAAUCAUUGUCACACUCUCUGGAGGGUUCACAUUCUCAGGGUAACAUUUACCUAUUGUCUCUCUCCCAGUCUGAGUAGCUCGAUACAAACUCUUUAUAGGUUAGUAAUUAUUUGUACAGCCACAAGGAUGUGGCGUUGAUAAUAUAGUUCUUUGUACUGUUUGUACUUUGUCUACGCAAUAGCUUUAUUUAAGGUGAUUUAAGUACACUGUCAUAUGGAAUCUUUUAUAGAACACUGUAAUAUGUAUAUUUGCCAUACCAUCUGAGUUUUAUGGAUCAGUUUAUAUACGGGUAGGAUAUACAGUGUGGUAGCUAUCAUAUUUAUGUUUUUGGAAUGGGACGCAGAGACCCACAAGUUACUCAGAUAUACCAAAACUGUGUGUUUAAAGAAAAAAACAAAAAGACAAUAAGCUGUUUUAUUCAACAUUUAUUUAUGACUCUUUUAGGUUUAGCCUUUAUAUGCUUUUCUUUAUGCUUUUUUUUUUUUUUGGCCAUUGGAAGAAUCUGUGUAUUUGUAAAAUUUUUGUAUAAACUCCAAAUUAUGUUCAAACAUAGUAUUAUCUGUAAGAGGUGUACUUACAUGCAUUCUGUGAGCGGGAGCAGAUAUCCCUCAAGACACGAUACAUUUUAAAACCUAAACCUGUGUUAUGGGAUGUCAAUGAAAUACUAGUGAAAUUUAUUUCUUUUGAAAUCUGGAUUAUUAUUUUUUUUUUUUUUAAAGAUAAAGAGGCCUAGAUAAUUGGAUCAUGUGUUUUUCUCAAUGAAUUUCCUCACUUUUGACUUGAAAAUGAUAAUCGUAUCUUUUAAUUGCACUAUGAAAGGAGGAUUUAUAUUUCCCGUUACCUCACCGUAUCAGGCUGAAGCCUAUGACAAUCUCGACCGGUGUCCUCCUGUGGCUCAACAUUUUCCUUAUGCAGCCAUGAUCCCUCAGUAUUCACAGUGAGGGGGACUGUGGCUCGUGUGUGUGUGUAUGUGUGUCAGUCAAGGACCAUUGGACAGAUGUACCGAAAUUGUGUUUCCCUGUUUCCGGAGUAAACACUUGAGUGUCUGUAACUCACUGUAAAUAUAUAUACUUUUUCAAUUUAGAUAAAAGAUUUAUAAUUGUGUGUGUAUAUACAUAGUCCAGCUAGAGGUACUGUAAAAUAUUACCUGAGAAUUUUUCACCAAGUGCCUAGGAUUUUUUCUUAUGCAACAAAUCUACAUGAGUAUGAUAGCAUUAUGUGUUGGAUGGAGAAUAAAUGAAACAGUUGUCAGUUCCUGGUGGCAUUUUGUGAUGACUGAAGAUGUGAGUUGUACAACACAAAAAAAGAGUUUUAUUAAAACAAAAUAUACAACAUUG